AUGGAAUUGUUUAAGCAAAUGGUUGUUGUUGGUUGUAGGGCUGAUGUGAUCACUUGCAACACUUUGAUUGGUGGAAUGUGUAAAACAGGGAAGAUAAGUGUUGCCAUUAAGUUGCUUGAAGAGAUGGUUAAUGGGCAUAAAGAAUUUGGUGUUAUUUGUAGGCCAAAUGUGGUUACUUAUAAUACUAUAAUUGAUGGUCUUUGUAAGGCUAGAUUGGUUGAGAAGGCUACACAACUAUUGUUGGAACAUAUGAUUCAGAGAGGUGUGGUUCCUAACGUUUACACUUACACCAUUUUAUUAAACGGUUAUUGCUUGGCAGAUAGAAUUGGUGAUGCAAGGGAGUUGUUUGAUUCUAUAACUAGAAAGGGGUAUAGGCCUGACGUUGUUUGCUACACUACUUUAAUCAAUUGGGAGAUUCGAAACUACUUCGAACCUAUUUCAGAAAUUUUCUCUUCAUUGAAACUGGUGCCAAACGUUGUAACAUAUAACAUUUUGAUCAAUGGGCUGUGUAAAAAUGGACAACUAGAAAUGGCAAAUAAGUUGUUGUUAUAUAUGGAGGGAAAAGGUUGUGCUCCAGAUGUAGUUUCAUUUACUACGCUUAUGUUUGGUUUCCUCAAGAAUAAUGAGAUACAAAAAGUUGUUGGACUCCUUCAUAAGAUGGCGGAGAAAAAUGUGAAGUCGACUGAAUGUUCAAUGUCCUUAGUCAUGCAACUACUAAUGAAGGCUGAAAAUUAUCAUGAAUGUUUGAAUGAGCUUCCUCAAUUUCCGGUCCAAAAGCGAAAUUAA